AUGGCCUGGUACCCGGGGAUGCCGGAGAACGGCCCUGCUUCGGGCAGUGCGGCAGUGAUUACCUCGCUGGACAUGAUGGCGGAGGCCACUAGGCUCCGCACCAAGGCUGUGCUCCUAGUGGCACGGGCUAGGCUGCCACAUGUCGACAUCACCAUUGGUGACAUGUGGUUCCCAGACCUGCUAUCGCGCGCCAAGAUGGUGACUUUCUUCGAGCACGGUGUGGGCCAGGCGCCGCCGGUGGCUGGGAGAGGGGCGUUGCCCAGGGAGGUGGCUCCACCUCCAUGUGGCAUGAGCCACAACCUGCUCAUCCACCUCGACUUGGUGGAGGACUGGAGCCCCCCUAGGACCCGCACCCCUAGCUCGGGGAAGAGUGGGGCUCCCUCCUCUAUCUCUUCUAAGUCAGAUGAGUACCCCAGGAUCUACAACUUUGAUGACUGGACACCUGGCGUGUUGGACGGCCUCCGCGUGAGGCCAAGGGCUGAUGCUUGCCACCCCCUCCUAAGGGCGCACCUACCAGAGGACAUGACAACAACAACGAAGAUGGGCAAGCAGGCACUCAACCUGCUGCGCCGCACUAGAGACUCCACCAGCAAUGGGGGUGGGAGCAGACAGCGCACUCGCUCCCCACCACCGGCCAGGCAAUGGAAUGCUGAUGUGGGUGAUGAGGCGUCAGACGGAGGCGGUCACGGCAGGCAGCUGGUGCGUGACGGCCACAACUCCUCGCGCAUGCGUGAUCCGCUGCGGCGCGAGGAUGCCGACUGGGAGCGCCGCAGAUCAUGCUCCCCUGUGGCCAAGGCACAGCACGGAGAGGUGACCAUGGUGGCUGAUGUGGAGAUGGACUUCGGAAAGGGGGACCUCGGCUCUGCCCUGCUCUCAAGGACACUUCCCAGGGCGGAGACGUGCACUGGUGACGUCUGGUCUGCUCUCACCCGCCCCCUUGGUGACUACGACCCGAUGAUCGAGGAGGCGCUGGCGGCGUGUGAGGCUGCGAUGACCAGGUCGCUAUCUUUCUCCCUGCCUAGAAGCCCAUCGAUGGAGGAGCAGCGAUCUCCGGUGUAUGUGGCCAACUGUAGAGCCAACUGGGACAAGCUUGUGGAGCUAAACAAGGAGGCGGCUACCCUGGGAUAUGGUAAUGUGAUCCACUUCGGACCUAGGGUGCAACUGAUCAAGGCAUUUGAGACAGUGGGGCCGAAUGAGCCGAUUGGAGAUGAGGCGCUGGCGGCCUUUGCCAAGCGCUUUGCUACACCGCUAUCCCCAGAACAGAUUGCAGCAGUGCGGAAGCUUACUUCACUGGACAGCGGGCCGGUGAUUACAGUAGCAGCACAGUUGGCAGCAGUUGAGGGAGCUGAGGCCAUGGAGGAUGGUGGAGCCUGA